AGAUAAUAUUCUGACAGUGAUUGCUGUCAUUGAUAAUUUUUAGGUUAUAGUUAUUACCUGACGUGGAUUUCAAUUUAAAAACAUUAAUUAAAAUCGUUAUAAACUAUUGUUAAGCAAAUAUUAAUUAAAAUGGACUUUAUUAAUUCCAUUCCUACCCAUAUGGACUUUGAGGGUCAAGCAAGGGCUGAAAAGCUAUCGAGGAUUAUUAUUACUUUGUUUGGAGCGGUUGGUUUGAUUUGGGGCUACAUAAUUCAGCAAUUCUCUCAAACUGUUUAUAUCUUGGGAGCCGGGUUUGUGUUAGCAGCUUUGUUAACAAUACCUCCUUGGCCUAUGUACAGAAGAAAACCACUUAAUUGGCAGAAAGCCCGUCCUAUAGGUGAACAUAGCCCAAGUGGAAGUAAAAAAGGAAAAAAGAAAUAAAAUUUGUUAAUUAAAUUAAAAUGUGGAUUUAUAAAGUUAUAAUUUUGAUAAU